CAAAGACAGACCUUGUACGCACUCUAUUCUUCCAUCUUUAAAGGCAAACGUUAUCGCACACACUGCAGCAGUGGGGACCCUGGCUGUCCCCACACCCCUCUUUAGGUCACAGACCCUGCCUUGAUCACACCCCAUGGAGGCCUGACAGCCCUCCCUGCAGCCACCCCCAGCCUCAGGAGAGGAGGCUCAGCGCCCUGGUGCUCACUGCUGCACACAGAUGACGUACAUUAAGGCUGGUCCCUGUCUCACCUCCUGGAAGGAGAACCUCUGGUCAGGUGACACUCUAUAAAGGUUUUCACGCCUGUUGUAACACGUAACUCCUUUUCCAGGAAAUAAUUGUAAAAUAUUUUAAAAAUACAGAAUUACAAAAACAUAGCUAUACAUGUGCAAAAUAUUGAAAGAGAGUCAGUUGCAAGCUCUGAGCAGAUUUCCUUUUAAUUUCACCUUUAUUGAUACGUAGGUUUUUGGUGCAGAGUGUGGGAGGCCUUCCCAGGAAGGCAGGAUCUGAAGAGAUGGUGGAGGAACUCACUGGGUGGCCUAAGGAGGAUUGGCUUCUAAGAAAGACUCAUGUUCCCUGAGGCCAAAGUCCGGAAAAAGAGGAGGAGGACGGCAGAGAAGGAGCCGGGAAUGGCUGUUCCUCAGGGACAGGUGACCUUCAGGGAUGUGGCCAUAAAAUUCUCCCAGGAGGAGUGGGAAUGCCUGAACCCUGCUCAGCGGGCCUUGUACCAGGACGUGAUGCAGGAGAACUACAGGAACCUGGUGUCCCUGGAUAUUUCUUCUACCCAUGUGAUCAAGAAUUCACAACCAAAGGAGGAUGGCAAUACAAGAAUAUCCCAGACAGCGAGGCUGGGGAGACAUGUAGGCCAUGAAGUCAAAGAUUUGCACUUUACGGAAAUCCAAGAAAAUCCUCACGACAUUGAGUGUCACUGGGAAGAUGAAGAAAGAAAUCACAAAGGCAUGCCUAUAAUACAUAAAAAUCAUCUCCCUGUUAGAAGAGAUCAACGUAGUAGAUGGGAUGAAGGAAAGACGCCUAUUGACAAUCCGCUUGCACUCAGCUGUCGCAAUGAACUGUCUGUAUUUCAAACUGAAGGGAAAAUUCAUGGCUGUAAUAAAGUGAAGAAGUCUCUCAGCAGUAUUCCCUCAUUUUCUCCACUACAAAGAAUCCCUCCUAGUGUCCAAAGCAACAAUACUGAAAAAUAUGGCAGUGAUGUUGUGCAUCCUUCAAAAGAGACACAGGAGCAGUCAGCCCACGAGGGAGCAACUUACCAAUGUCUCGACUGCGGCAGGACCUUUACCGAAGACGCACACCUGACUGGACAUCAGGUGAUCCAUCCUGGAGAGAAACCAUGUAAGUGUGGGUGUGGCAACGUCUUCAGUCAGAAUUCAAAUCUUGCAAGUAAUAAGAGAAUUCAUACUGGUGAGAAACAUUACAGAUGUAAUGAGUGUACCAAGAGCUUCCUUCAAAAUUCAUACCUUGUAAAUCAUAGAAGCCCUACUGGAGAGAAACAUUACAAAUGCAAUGAGUGGAACAAAGUCUUUAGUGUGCCUUCAAACCUAAUGGACCAUCAGGUGAGCCAUGCUGGAGAGAAAGCUUCCAGAUGUAAUGGAUGCAAGGAAGCUUUUUCCCAAAGUUCCAAACUUGUAAAACAUCAGAGAACUCAUAGUGGGGAGAAACCACUCAGAAGUAAUGAAUGUAGUAAAGGUUUUAUCCAAAGCUCAAGCCUUUCAAGCCUGGUUGACCAUCAGACAAAUCAUACUGGAGAAGAAACAAACAAAUGUAAUGAGUAUGGCAAAUCUUUUAUUGUGCAUUCAGGUCUAACAAAACAUCAGGUAAUUCCUACUGGAAAUAAUCCAUACCAACAGAAUGAAUGUGCUAACAGUUUUUUCAGGCAUUCACACCUUAGGAUUCCUGAGAGAAUUCAUGGAAAGAAACCUUUCAAAUGUAGUGAGUGUGGCAAAGCCUUCACUCAAGCCUCACACCUCACUGCACAUCAGAUAACCCAUACUGAAGAGAAACCAUAUAAAUGUGACAUAUGUGGGAAAGCCUUCCGUAAAAAUUCAUACCUUAGAAAUCAUCGGAGAACUCAUAGUGGGGAGAAACCAUACAAAUGUAAGGAGUGUGGCAGAGCCUUCAGUUGGAGAUCGAUCCUAACGAAGCAUCAGGUGAUCCAUACUGGAGUGGGACCUUACAGAUGUAUCGAGUGUGGCAAAGUCUUCAGUCACUGCUCAAAACUUAAAAUUCACAGUAGAAUCCAUACUGGAGAGAAACCUUUCAAAUGUAAUGAGUGUGGCAAAGCUUUUACACAAGGCUCGCACCUUACCAAUCAUCAGGUAACCCAUAGUGCAGAGAGACGUUUCAAAUGUGAUGAAUGUGGCAGAGCAUUUAAAUUGAGAUCAGCCCUCACUAAGCAUCAGAAAAUCCAUAAUGAAGAGAGAGCUUACAAAUGCCUCCAGUGUGGAAACGUUUUCAGUCGAAAGUCAAAACUUACAAGUCACAUGAGAAUACAUACUGGAGAGAAAUCAUUCAAAUGUAAUGUUUGUGGCAAAGCCUUUGAUAUGAGAUCAGCCCUAACUAAACAUCAGCUAAUCCAUACUGGAGAGAGACCUUACAAAUGUAUCGAGUGUGGCAAAGGCUUCAAUCACACCUCACAACUCAAAAUUCACAGUAGAAUCCAUACUGGAGAGAAACCUUUCAAAUGUAAUGUUUGUGGGAAAGACUUUGGUGUGAGAUCAACCCUAACUAAGCAUCAUCUGAUCCAUACUGGAGUGAGACCUUACAAAUGUAUGGAAUGUGGCAAAGGCUUCAGUCAAAGCUCACAACUUAAAACUCACAGUAGAAUUCAUACCGGAGAGAAACCUUUCAAAUGUAAUGAGUGCGGCAAAGCCUUUACUCAAGGCUCACACCUUACCAAUCAUCAGAUGUCCCAUGCUAGAGAGAGACAUUUCAGAUGUAAUGAGUGUGGCGUAGCCUUUCGCGUUAGAUCAAUGCUAAUUAGCCAUCAGGUAAUCCAUAGUGGAGAGACGCCAUACAAAUGUAAUGAGUGUGGCAAAAUCUUUAGUCAUAACUCAAAACUUCAAAAUCACAGGAAAAUCCAUACUGGGGAGAAGCCUUUCAAAUGUAAUGUGUGUGGUAAAGCCUUUGCUCAAGAGUCAUACCUUACCAGUCAUCAGACAACCCAUACAGGUGAGAGACCUUACAAAUGUCAUGAGUGUGGCAGAGCCUUUAGUCUGAAAUCAACCCUAACUAAUCAUCAGGUAAUCCACACUGGAGAGAAACCUUACCAGUGUCAUGAGUGUGGCAGAGCCUUUAGUUGGAGAUCAGCCCUAAGUAUACAUCAGGUAAUCCACACUGGAGAGAGACCGUACAAAUGUAAUGAGUGUGACAAAGCCUUUAGCUGGAGAUCAACCCUAAUUAGGCAUCGGGGAAUCCACACUGGAGAGAAACCUUACAACUGUGAUGAGUGUGGCAGAGCCUUUAGGUUUAGAUCAACCCUAACUAUGCAUCAGGUAAUCCACACUGGAGAGAGACCUUACAAAUGUAAUGAGUGUGGCAGAUCCUUUAGUUGGAGAUCAACCCUAACUGUGCAUAAGGUAAUUCACACUGGAGACAAACCUUACAAAUGCCCUGAGUGUGGCAGAGCCUUUAGUAUGAGAUCAGCCCUAACGAUGCAUAAGGUAAUCCACACUGGAGAGAGACCGUACAAAUGCCGUGUGUGUGGCAAAGCCUUUAUUCAAGGCUCACACCUCGCCACACAUCAGGCAGUCCAUACUGGGGAGAGACCUUACAAAUGCAAUGAGUGUGGCAGAGUCUUCAGUCAGAAAUCACACCUUGCAUGUCACCAGAGGAUUCACACUGGAGAGAAACCUUACAAGUGCCCUGAGUGUGGCAAAGCCUUUACUCAAAGCUCAAGCCUCACUGUGCAUCGGGUACUCCAUAGUCAAAAGAAACUUACAAGUGCCACUGAACCUGGCAAGUCUCUUAGUAUUGCCUUGAAGUCAGGCUUCACCAAGUAGUUAAUACGGGAAUGUUCAGACUUACUGCUUGCUCUUCACUAGACAAAAGGUGCCAGCUGCUGAUGCCUAGAGCACGAUGCCUGCGCUCCCUCCCUGAGUGUGUGAUUUGCUUCAUUAAACUACCCUUUGCUUUUA